AUGAUCCUCCCAGGAUUUCUGUUGUUUGUUUUCCAUUUCCAACUCGCUAGUCCCACAUCUGAGCCCUGGUCUCUCUGUCCCAGUGGAUGCACUUGCCAAAAAGUUCUCAGGUACGUGAACUGCUCGAAUGCUUUGCUCUGUCAUGUCCCCGAGAGCCUGCCGAGGGAUACGGAGCACCUGGACUUCUCGGGGAACAACCUGACUAUCUUGCCGGCCGAGGGCUUCAGUUCCCUCUGGAAGUUGAAUGUUCUUCUCAUCAGCACCAGCAAUGUGGGGGAGAUAGACGAUGGAGCAUUCAACGUCCUUGAGAACCUCUGGAGACUUGACCUCCAGAGGAAUAACAUCAGGCAGCUAAGCAACAGCUUUUCCAUCGGCCUGUAUUCCCUGAGCGAGUUGAUACUGUCCCACAAUAACAUUGUGACACUUGGCUCCCACACGUUCCAGUACCUGGACAACUUGCAGAAGCUCUACCUAAGCAAUAACCAGAUUUUGGAGAUCCAAAACCGGGCUUUCCAAAGCAUGACAAGGCUACGGCAGCUCCACCUUCAGAAUAACCAUCUCAGGAACUUGAGUAACGGACUUUUCUUCAUGAUGCAGAACUUGGAGAUUUUGAACCUUCAGGGCAACAGGAUCAGCCUCAUCGACUCUGCAGUUUUCAUAUCAUUGACCAGCCUGACAAUGCUGAACCUGGCCCAGAACAGACUGGAGCACAUCAAGUUCAAGACCUUCCUGACCAUCCAGACAUGGGGGACACACAUUUUCCUGGCGGAGAACAACUGGACGUGUGAUUGCGAGCUGCAGAGGGUCUUUGGGAAGCUUCGCCUGGUCCAGCGCCUCACUGUGGAUGACUACGAGAGUGUGAUCUGUUUGGAGCCCCCCGCUCUCAAGGGAUUGCCCCUGGCCUCAGUCGACACACAGUUGUGCGUGGCCGAGACCGUCACUGUCCUGGUUAUCACCUUGACCGUCUUCAUCACCGUGGUUGCUGCCAUCGUGAUGGCCGAGAGAAGCAGGAAGAAGCGGACAGGGAAACACUGGACUGAAGAGAGUGAAGAGUUCGAGUCUCAGGAUUGA